AUGGUCUUCCGGCCACCGGUUUCCGGCAAGUUCUCCGGCGAACAAAUCGGAAACUCAGCUCCUGCUGGACAACUACUCGCAGCAGCAGUGGCGGCGCAUUACUACUCCGAACCGAAGUUUGCCGACGACGACGGCGAACCGCCGCGGUGGUUUUCGCCGGUGGAGUGUGGGUGUAGGUCAACGGGGUCUCCUCUCUUGCUCUUCUUGCCGGGGAUUGAUGGAGUUGGACAUGGUCUCAUGUUGCAACAUAAAAGACUUGUAGAGAUUUUCGUUAUCUGGUGCCUGCACAUCCCUGUCACCGAUCGAACAUCGUUGCCAGACCUAGUGAAGCUUGUUGAGCGUACGGUUAGAUCAGAGCACGGUCGAGAAGCAAAUAAGAGACCAAUAUAUCUCGUCGGAGAGUCUUUUGGAGCAUCACUUGCACUAGUUGUCGCUGCACAUAACCCUCAUAUCGAUCUUAUCUUAAUCCUCGCCAAUCCAGCUGCAAGUUUGAGCAAAUCCUUGCUCCAAAGUGCUGUGCCUUUCUCAGACAUGAUUCACAAACAUCUGAAGGCCGGACAAUUUGAUCAAGUACCAGGUUUUACACAACUGAUUAUAGAAACAGUUUUGUGGAAGUUGGGCAUGAUUUAUGAGAUGCAAAGCUAUUUGGAUUCACAUCUUCAUGCUGUCGAAGCUCAGACACUUAUACUUAACAGUGGAAAUGAUAUGCUGCUGCCAAACAAUACGGAAAGCGAAAGACUUUCUGGUGUGCUGAAACGUUGUGAGGUUCGUUCGUGUAGUGGCAACGGAAAUCCUCUAUUUCUGAAUAUUGUUAUUACGGUUGGUGUUUUAUCAAUUUUCUUACAGGAUGAAACUUUUGAUCUCGUCGCAACAAUAAAGCGCGUCAGUUAUUAUCGUCGAGGAGCGUCCGUUGAUUACAUGUCGGACUUCUUUCCACCAACCCCUUCUGAGCUUAACAUGAUUCUUGAACCAUUCAGAUGGAUGGCUACGGCCGUCGAUCCUGUAAUGAUCUCGACUAGGGUUAGCGGAGAACUUGUCCGAGGGCUUGGAGGAAUUCCUUCUAAAGGACCGGUGCUACUUGUCGGAAACCACAUGAUGAUGGGGAUGGAUGCUGUAUUGCUCGUCUCGAAUUUUUGGACCAACGAGAAUAUUAUGGUCCGAGGAAUGGCACAUCCGUUAUUCUUCGAAAGAUUGAAGAAAGGAGGAAAAUUACCGGAAUUGUCCGUAUUCGAUUUUAUUAGGGUUCUUGGUGGGGUUUCAGUAUCGGCUACUAACUUAUACAAAGGCCUCUCGACGAAGUCUCACGUUUUGUUGUUUCCGGGGGGUGCAAGGGAGGUAUUUCAUCAUAAGGGUGAAGAGCACAAAAUGUUUUGGCCGGCCGAACCGGAGUUUGUUCGAAUGGCUGCAAAAUUUGGGGCCAAAAUUAUACCUUUUGGUAGUGUUGGUGAAGAUGAUGUUGUUCAAUUGUUAUUAGACUCCAAUGAUCAAAUGAAGAUUCCCCACCUCAAGGCCUUAAUAGAAGAACUAACCGGCGAAGCCGUUAGGUUGAGGGAAGGGUCUCAUCAAAGCGAAAUAGGGAAGCAACUUCUAUACUUCCCCGUAGUACUACCCAAGUUACCUGGUCGAUUUUAUUUCCGAUUCGGAAAACCAAUUUCAGUAGAAGGAAGGGAGGAUGUAUUGAGAAACAAAGAGAAAGCUAAUGAAAUGUAUUUAGAGAUACAAAAUGAGGUACAAAAAUGUAUCGAUUAUUUGAAGGAGAAAGGAGAAAAGGAUCCGUAUAGGAAUCUUUUAGCUCGAUUAGCUUAUCAGGGCUUCAACGGCUUCGAUUCUCAAGUCCCAACUUUCGACAUUUGAUUUUUUAUUUGUAUCUGCAUUUUUUGUGUUUCGAUGAGCAAUGUCAUCUUCUAUAGUCUCAUGAUUCUCUUAAGUCUUAACAAAAUGCGUGCUCUAUUGUAAACGCUCCAAUUAUAUACCUCACGUUGUGCAAUUCUUGUAUUUCUUAUCAUUUGUUUUUAGGGAAAAUUACAGUUUU